AGAAAACGUUUUCCUCUUGAGCGGCGCGCUGACGAAUGGAUACGUCACGCGGUGACGCGGUGACGCGGGGUCUUGCAUAAAAACCGCGAUGGUCUGCCCGCCGCAGCCCUAGUACCGGCUAUAACGUAGUGAUUAUAUACUCUUUGGUACCGGCCUGCUCUCCAGCGAGACAUCACCCUGGCGCCCCGACAUGCCUGCAUGGAGUCCACGACUCCUGGCUCCGACAAUGAGGACGAGACCGUGCCAGCCGAUCCUGAGAAAUGGGACAGAAGCGACGUGAUGCGGUGCGUGAGAUGGGUGGCUCGCACCUUCAGGGUGGCGGCGCCGCGGAGACACCUGCUGCCGGACACCGGCAAGGACCUUCUAGCGCUCACCGCGCAGCAGUGGACGGAGGUUUGUUCCGGGGAUGAGCAAGCAGGUCGGAUAUACGACGCAUACAUCCGACACGCUCACGCCAGCGCCACUGGUCUACCGCCCCCGCCGCCUUUACCAGAGCACCAAGCUUCUUCUAGCACUCCGUCUGAACAACAUGGGUAUGCGGCUCUGAGUGCACGCGCUGGAGGAGGACAGGUGCAGCUCUGGCAGUUCCUGCUGGAGGAGCUGGCUGCAGGAGCUCCUGGAAUCUGUUGGGAGGGUCCCCCUGGUGAUGGAGAGUUCCGCCUGUCGGAUCCGGAUGAGGUGGCCCGGCGCUGGGGCCGGCGCAAACAGAAACCCAACAUGAACUACGACAAACUAUCGCGAGCGCUGCGGUACUAUUAUGAUAAGAACAUCAUGAGCAAGGUACACGGGAAGCGCUACGCGUACAGGUUCAGUUGGGCGGGUCUGACCGCGGCGUGCCAGGCGCAGGCUCCGGACGCGCCCCCCUACUGGCACUACCUCCCGCCCCCCGGACACCCCCCGCAACAUGUCCACGGGAACAUCCACAGCUCGCAGCAGACCUAGCAACAUCACUCGACUUUUGUUCACCUCUAUUUUGUAGUUGGAACAAGUUUUGUGUUACUCGCAAGUGAUUCACUACAGUUUACAACCAGAUUUAGCAAAAAUGUGUUUCGUUGCUAAUGCUUUGUUUUUGUAAGGCGAUGUGCACACGUACUGUACUGUGUAUUGGCAGCUAAUCUCUGCAGACAGCUAGCUAAACGAAAACUGGAAGCACGGGUGCUUUGUGUUCACUGGAUACACGUCAAGAACAUAUGAUUAAAUGGUUUCCCGAGAGUUAAAAUUAUUCGUUCAAUGCAGAGGCUAAGUUUUAUCUCUAUUGAUAUCGGUUACGUGGUCGUAAUCAAUUUAAUUUUCCAUCCGAGAGCGCGUUCCCAUUGAAUCUCGUAGACAUUACUGUUUUCGCUGUGAUUAUAUUGGAAUAUCCGGAAGUCAAAGUCACUCCCGUAUUAUGAAUAAACUGAAAUCUACUCGAGAGUGGACGAGCGAAACCCAAAUAAUGUUACGAAUCCGUUAAUAAAUAGGCAUUAUCACUGUACAAAUUGAUUUCAUUCCAUGUUUAGCGUUUUGGAUCUAUUUUUAUAUAAUAAUAUGUUGCAUGUUCAAAAUUUGUGCGUAAAGAAUAUGAAGUAUGAAGAAGAACAUAAAGAAAUAAUUGUAAAAGUAAAGAUAAUUUUAUGAGUCAUGAUCUAAAUAAAAAGACGUCCGAUGUAUGUUACUUGUAUUGAGCGAUCAAAUCCCGCAGGCCGGUGCCGAUCUUAUAUAAUACUGUACUUGUCACGUUGUACACGAACGACUUCCUCGAUCAAUAAAUAACAUCUUGUAAUAAAAUUCAAACUGACGCUUGUAUAAAGAAAUUUACGUGAGCUCCAAGUGUCGGACUGGCAGGGUGUUGCACAACGCCGGGAUGAAUGGCGACGUUUAUUGUCGGAGGACAAGACAAGUAGUAGUAGAAGUAAAAAAAUCUAAUAACCCGCAAAAUAUGUGUAACUAUUGGUGUUGUAGGGCACACGGCCCACGUCACUCCCCGGCAAUCACGCGCUCCGAUUCGAUCGGUGGAAAGACCGACACUUAGGCAGGCCGCGGAUUUGUAGGCAGCGGCUUGGCUCUGCCGCUGGCAUUGCUGACCUCGGUAACCACUCAGGUGGACCGUCUGCUCGUCUGCCUAUACGGUAAAAAGUAAUAUAAAAUAUUACGUACAAUAGAGGCACUUAUGUGGUGAUGGGGGACCUGUUGAGAUGUAGCUUCUGUAACCAGUUAACGCUAGGUGCGCUGCGAGCUUGAUCACACGUCUGUUAAACGCAAAUUCAUUAAGGCUCCAUUCAAGGCUCAAUUUACGACAAGGCAACUAUCAAGCAGGACAACUCACGGCCCAUCGCCUUAAAUGCAUACCAGACGGAUUGCCCGCCCCAGAGUCAAGGGAGGCCCAUUAGAUUGUAAGAUAUAAGAUUCGUAGUUAGUUAUCCUACCCUUUUAAUUGGAAAACUCGAAUGCUUCCGUCGGAAAUGAGUAGACCAGUGAAAUGAAGAUACCUAAUGUUUGUGCCACUAUAUUAAUAAAUGAUCUUAACCGACUCUUAGUAAUAAGUUUUCACAAGUACCGGUGAUCGUACAACUGUUAUGCAAGUUUAACUUGAACAUAUUAUUCAGUUUAUAUUAAUGUUUGUUUUGUUAUCCGUUGCGACUUUAUUUUAUACAAAAAAUCUUUUUAAUUACCUACAUUUAUUUUUAAGUAAAGCUAUUUUUAAAGGUUUCCAUUGUGAAUGUUGUAUCAUAGGUUAGCAAUAAUUACAAUUAUUAUAGGUCUGCAAUGUCCCGUUACAAUAAAUAAUAUACUUAGAUAAUAAUGUAGAGAUACUUAGCUCUGAAUCUCAUGGCUUUAUGUAAUAGUGGCAUCGACGUAUCGAUAUACGAUCGAGAAGUAUUGUGGAUCAGUUUUCUUGUUUGUUAAAAUCUGACAAGGCUAAGUUUCAGACAUAUAUCACUUGCAAAUAAUGGGAUAGAUGAUUAAAUGUACUUUUUGUGAAGCAAUUACAUACGCAAUAACUAGCAAAACUGUCAGUAUUCAUCUUGAGGUACCUUAGUAUGCUUACAUAUUAUACAUUUAUAUUUACAUUUUACAUUUUACGGUUUCACUUUUGAUUUUGUUGCUAAUUAAAAAAAAAAAACAUUUCACGUUUUGAACACCAAUAAAGUUAUAUUGGAAAGAAACGACAAUCAUAAAAAGGUAAUUAUGUAAAUUGAUCAUAAGGAUAUGAAAGUUAAUAAAUGAGUGUGCAGUGAGGGCGCCCUCUACGUAGCAGCCUAACGUGGAAAAUAAUACGUUCCGUGCAGGAAUGUGGACCCUCUCAUUACAUAAUAAUAUUUUAGAAUCACUAAAUUUAAUGUCAAAUGAAACUGCAGAACACAUCUAGUUAUUCAAUAAAGUUAACAUCAAAUUAAAACAUAAGUAUGUUUUCAAUCUUGAAAAUCCUAUACCCGGUUUUAAUGAGGAAGAAAUAGACAAGGGCAAUGAAUACUAUGUACUAUACCAUACCAAUAUUCCAACAUGUGCCACCACACCCCGUAGUCGUUUGCUGGAAACAUUGAAAACUACUCACUCAAUAAGUUAAAUGUUUAUAUAAGUACGUAUGUGUGUAGAAUAUUGAAAUGUGGAGAGUAUUAGGCGGUAGGCAGCGGCUUAGCUCUGCCUCUAGCAUUGCUAACGUCCAUGAAAGACGCUAACCACUCACCAUCAGGUGGGCCGUACGCUCGUCCGCCAACACGAACAAUAAAAAAAAACUUCAAUUUACUUAGCUACGAUUAUUAUUGAUGUAAUUAAAAGUUUGUAAGUCACUUCAGUCUUGUGUUCCUAUGAUAUGUAAAAAUAACUCCUAAGUACUUAGGUCUAGGUAUAUAUUUUGUUGUAAUAAAUAAUAUUCUGUCAUCAAACUAGGACCGUAAAUAAUACUGUUACAAUUCACUGUAGUAAAUAGGUACUCAUUAGAAUUUCUAUCUCGGACUUGAUCCAAUAUUUUCUGUACGAUUAAUAAAAUGGUAAAGUGUUAUCGAGUUUGCUGUUGUCUGUAAUAUAGUUUAAAUUAACGUAUAAUUUGCUUUAAGAACAAUUGUUUUGUUGUUGACUGUAUGUACGGCAUAGUGUUGAUUCUGGCAUCCUAAUAAAGUUCCUUUGUUCUUA